AUGAUCCUGCCCUGCGCCCUGGUGGCCACCCUGCUGGCCGCUCUCCUGGCUGCCGGCCACGCAGCCAACCCUUGCUGCUCAAACCCCUGUCAGAACAGAGGAGUAUGCAUGACAACAGGAUUUGAUCAGUAUGAAUGUGACUGCACAAGGACAGGAUAUUAUGGGGAAAACUGUACAACACCGGAAUUCUUCACGUGGCUAAGGCUAACAUUGAAACCUUCUCCGAAUACUGUCCACUACAUCCUCACCCACUUCAAAGGAGCCUGGAAUAUCAUCAACAACAUUCCCUUCUUACGAGAUGCUAUUAUGAGAUAUGUGUUAAUGUCAAGAUCACACUUGAUUGACAGCCCACCAACUUACAAUAGUGAUUAUAGUUACAAAAGCUGGGAAGCUUAUUCCAAUCUUUCCUAUUACACAAGAAGCCUUCCACCAGUAGGACUUGACUGUCCAACACCAAUGGGUGUUAAAGGUAAGAAAGAGCUCCCAGAUUCAAAGCUGAUUGUGGAGAAGUUUUUGCUAAGGAAAAAAUUUAUUCCUGACCCACAAGGCACAAAUGUGAUGUUCACAUUCUUUGCCCAACACUUCACUCAUCAGUUCUUUAAGACGGACCACAAGAAAGGACCUGGCUUCACCAAAGCUCUCGGCCAUGGGGUUGACUUGAACCAUAUUUAUGGAGAGACUCUGGAGAGGCAACUUAAACUGAGACUUCUAAAGGAUGGAAAGCUAAAAUACCAGAUGAUUGAUGGAGAAAUGUAUCCGCCAACGGUGAAGGACACUCAGGCAGAGAUGAUCUACCCUCCUCACGUACCUGAACACUUGCAGUUUUCUGUCGGGCAGGAGGUGUUCGGUUUGGUCCCAGGCUUGAUGAUGUAUGCUACAAUAUGGCUGAGGGAACACAACCGGGUCUGUGACAUCCUGAAACAGGAGCAUCCGGAGUGGGAUGAUGAGCAGCUGUUCCAAACUACUAGACUCAUAUUGAUAGGAGAGACAAUCAAGAUCGUUAUUGAGGACUAUGUGCAACACUUGAGUGGCUACCACUUCAAACUCAAGUUUGAUCCUGAGCUGCUGUUCAACCAGCGAUUUCAAUACCAGAACCGAAUUGCAGCCGAAUUCAAUACGCUCUACCACUGGCACCCACUCCUGCCUGACACUUUCCAGAUACACGACCAGGAGUACACUUUCCAGCAGUUCCUCUACAAUAACUCUAUAAUGCUGGAACAUGGCCUUUCCCAUAUGGUGAAAUCUUUCUCCAAGCAAAGUGCUGGCAGGGUGGCUGGUGGGAAAAAUGUUCCUGCUGCAGUACAGAAAGUAGCAAAGGCCUCAAUUGACCAAAGCAGACAAAUGAGAUACCAGUCCUUGAAUGAGUACAGGAAACGCUUCAUGUUGAAACCAUUCAAAUCCUUUGAAGAACUUACAGGAGAAAAAGAAAUGGCAGCUGAACUGGAAGAGCUUUAUGGAGACAUCGAUGCUAUGGAGCUGUACCCAGGCCUUCUCGUAGAAAAGCCACGACCGGGUGCCAUCUUUGGUGAAACAAUGGUGGAGAUUGGAGCACCGUUUUCUCUGAAAGGACUGAUGGGAAAUGCUAUCUGCUCCCCUGAGUACUGGAAGCCUAGCACCUUCGGUGGAAAAGUGGGCUUUGAAAUAAUCAAUACUGCCUCCUUACAGAAGCUCAUCUGCAACAACGUGAAAGGCUGUCCUUUCACAGCUUUCCACAUCUUAAAUCCUGAACCCACAGAGGCAACUAUUAAUGUUAGUACCUCAAAAACAGCAAUGGAAGAUAUCAAUCCCACACUACUACUGAAAGAGCGAUCUGCUGAGUUGUAAAAAUCCAUCUAUUUAUUUAUUUAACUAUAUAAUUUAUUCUAUUUAUGGCUUAAAGUCUUUAAAAACAAACUUGAGCGUCUUCAUUGUGGGGGUUGCCCUAGAUUCCUUACUCAGGUAAGGCUUCCAUUUACAAAAGGGAUUUUCUGUGUUUGAGGUCUACAGUGGUGAAUCCCUUGUUUAAGGUCUUCUGUAACAGAACUAUGUAUUCCAAAGUGGACAAAGGUUCCAACUUUUUUUAAUGUUGCUUUAAUACUUGACAAAGGGUGUUGGUGGGUUGUUAUUUUUUUUGUUUUUUGGUUUUUUGUCUUUUCACUUGAUAGGUCACAUAACACUACAAAAGCAAGUUAUUGCCUCAGCAACUUCUCAAACUUGAAAACAGGCCGUUGAACUAAAAGUACAAGAAAAAUUUGACUUUAUGAAAGCUGCCAGAAGAGAUUAUGAAUUCAAUAUGAGCGCUCCAAGAUUAACAAAAAAUAUAUCUAUACUUGAGACUCACUCAUUUAUGUAAAGUCAGAAAAUGCAUUGCAUUUAUCAUUGAUACUACCUCUCCCUCACAGCAAAUACGGCACUUUGUAUAGUAACUUAUAUGUUUGUUUUUAUGUGUAAAUCUACAUUCAUGUGGCAUUAUACUUUUUUAAUUUAAUUAUUUAAAGAAAAUAGAACUUGUCUUGGAUCCUACUUGUUCUUGAAGCAUAUGUCACAGAAGUAUUACUUGUCUAAGAGGUUGAUAAUAAGGUACUGAGCUUAGAAAUAACUGACUCAGGCUGCAAUAUAAGGCUGCUUUUAUUUUGAUACAGAUAUUUUUUAUUGUGCAAGUUUGGGGAGGUCUUAAACUUAGUCCAAAGUACUAGUAUUUGUUUCAUAGCUGUAGUUCUCUGGUCUACUUGAUAAUAUAAUUUUAAUCUCUGUCACUUUAAGGACAAAUGGACAGUAGAGCUUUAGUUAAGGAUGUGGCUGUAGUAUAGCUUUGUGUACCCAAAAGAUGGAGAUUAUUGGGGAAUAGUGAAAACUGAGAAGCUGUGUAAACAUACACAGCAGAGAAAUGAAUACAGAGUAGAUCUAGCAAAACUUCAAGGCACCAAGACUUGAAGGUAGCUUAUGUCUAUGUACACAAGCCAUACUUGUGACUUAUAGUUCUGUUUAUUGGGGGGAGGAGGGAUAAUGUUUUGUUUAUAACUUAUAAACAGAGGCAUUUUAAGUAAGUGGCUUAAGCUUAAUUGGAACUGGCUACCUAGCACAAAAUCUCCUAGACGUAUUUGUCCUGAUUCAGCACUAAAAUAUCUAGUCUUAUCUGGGCACAUAAGAAGUUACACAGGAUCUUGUACCAGCACUUCAAAGUUUGCAUAUAAGGGUAUCUUUUUUUAAUUUCUAGAGAGGAAAUGUAGAAGAUGAUCUUCCCAUAAAAACAGCUGGGGAACUGUAGGUAAAAAGAAAAAGUCACUUCAGACUGGAAUAGAGCAGCAACCUGGUAUUCUGUGCCCCUGCCCAAAAUUCCUUGACUACUUGUGGAAAAGGACUUGAGUUUUAUAUUUCAUCUGAAUCUCUCAAACAUUUGUAGAGGCUCGUGCAUUGUACCAGCUACGGCAGUAGUAUAGUUUGGCUGUGCCUUCUGUUUCUUCUGUUGAUUUGUUUAGAGACACCGGUUGCCUUAUGCUGUGUAAGUUUGUAGUGGUCAGCGUGAAUAGCUGAAUCAAGAUCUCCGAUGGCGAUCAAUACCAGUGACUGAGUUGAGGUGGUCUUUGGUAUGAAUGCUUUGGGAGAAAGGAGGGCAUUCGUUUUCUUUUUUCUGUCUAUCAUCUGAAGCGUGAAGAAGGGGAAAACGUCAAUAACCUUGUAUUAAAAGGUGGUCAGUACUGUAUAUGCUAAUAAGUGAAAACUGCUUGGACACUUGUUAAACAUGUAAUUGUCAUUCAGGUCCAUCUUUGGAACACACUUCUUCAGAGCACCCUUCUGCCAUUAACAAGGAAAAGUGUUUGGCUUAGAGUCAAAGGGAGACAGGUCUGGACAGAUCUAGUUAUUUUGGGGUAGGUGAAGAGGAAUUCCUCAGACCAUGUCAUUUGAGUUAAGUUAUAAGCUGCUUCAGAAAAGAACCAUGUUCACUCUGCAGCCACAUUUCAACAGUCACUUAUCUGUGACCCAGCCUGCUGGGUUUCACUGGGUUCAAGUUGCUCAUGAUAAAUGUGUAUGUUUGAGAUUAUUUAUUUAAAAUUCUGUGAAUUGUUUUUCACUUUAUUUUUGUAGAACAAGAAUGGUUUUUAAAAUGCAGUUGUUUAUAUAAAUAAAUUGAAAACAUUACCAUUA